UGCACAAGCCACUACGACAGCGACCCAAACCCAAACAGGCACGAGGAAUAGUCAGCCAGUCGAGCGAGCGAUCAAGUCAUGGUGGCCGACCACCAGUCCUCCUCCCCCGCCUCCCCGCGGCCGCGGUUCACCAUCGGCUACGCGCUGCCGCCCGGCAAGGCGGGCAGCGUCAUCCAGCCGCCCCUGGAGGCCCUCGCGGCGGAGCGCGGCAUGCGCCUCGUCGCCGUCGACGCCUCGCUCCCGCUGGCCGACCAGGGCCCCUUCGACCUCAUCAUCCACAAGCUCUUCGACCGGCCCUGGCGCGCGCAGCUGGAGGCCUUCUCCGCGCUCCACCCCUCCGUCCCCGUCGUCGACGCCCCCGCCGCCGUCGACCGCCUGCUCGACCGCUUCACCAUGCUCGACGUCGUCCCCGGGCUCGCCGCCGGCCUGGACUUCCCGCUGUCCGUCCCCGCGCAGGUCACCGUGAGCGACGCCGCCGCGCUCGCCGCGGACGACCCCUCCCACGGCCUCCGCUUCCCGCUCAUCGCCAAGCCGCUGGCCGUCGACGGCAGCGCGGGGUCCCACGACCUGUGCCUCGUGUACCGCGCCGAGGGCCUCCGGGGCCUCCACACGCCCGUCGUCCUCCAGGAGUUCGUCAACCACGGCGGCGUGCUCUUCAAGGUCUACGUGGUGGGCGGCCGCGCCGUGUGCGUCCGGCGCAGCAGCCUGCCGGACGUGCCCGCGGCGCGCCUCGCGGACCCCGACGCCGACGCCUCCGUCCCCUUCGCCAACAUCUCCAGCCGCCCCGCGCUGGACAAGGGGGAGGACUCGAUGCCGCCCGCCGCGUUCGUCGACCAGGUCGCGCGCGGGCUCCGCCAAGCGCUGGGGUUGCACCUCCUCAACUUCGACAUGUUCGCGGCGACGGAGCUGGACGACGGCGGCCGGCAGAGAUACUUCCUUGUCGAUAUCAACUACUUUCCGGGGUUCGCCAAGAUGCCGGGCUAUGAGACUGCUCUCACGGAUUUCUUCGCCGAGAUGAUUCAGGUCGGCACAGGCGCCGCCAGCCUCGAGAAGCUCGAAUCUGUGCCCUGCAAUGGCAUAGAUCUCGAGUGAAGUGAACGGGGUGUGCCCGAAGACCCCGUACUGCCGAUAAUAAAAAUUAAGAAAAUGGUGCACACUUUGCCGCGUAUAAGAUAUAUGUAAUGGUACUGUCAAGGAACUGAUUAAGACAUCGAUGAUUGAUGCAACUAUCUACGAAGGUUUCAAAUCUAGGUACUUCAAGUGCAACGGAUAUUCCUCCUCGCAGAAAAAGAAGAAUAUUCCUCCGGAUUUGCCAUUUCUCCGAGAAAUAGUAAAAUCUUAAUCGACUCCAUAACCGAUGGAUUAACGCGAGCCAAAGAUUCCUGCUGCUAUCGGGAGUUCUGUUUCUCUUGGUUUUAGCGGCUGUGUGACGGCGAGCGGUAUGGUGCGACGUGCGAGGACAUCCCAUGUCCUUCGUCUGGCAUUUGUUCGUAGUAGGCUGGCUGAGCUUUCUGUGUGGUAGGCCAUUGUAUCCAUUUCUUUGGACUUUUUGCGAGAGCAUUUCUUUGUCACUUUAGUUAUAGACGAAGUCAACAGAAUUUUAAAUUUGGGUCA